UUCUUUACAGCCCAAAAGGCAAUAUUAGUUAUUUGUUAACGGCUAUGCUCUGGCCGCGGCAGGUCGUCUAACAAGAUGGGAGGGAGGUGGGGUUCUAGUUUGGAGUUUGGAUGUGCGUUUCUUGGGCGGGGACGACUUGGUGUCAUCGAGGAAGUCGAGGUGCACGCGCAUCGACUUGUGCGCCAGCCGCGGCGACUUUCGCUUUUGAGACGCGUCGGCCAUGGACGGAAACACGUCGCCGCUCAUGCGCUUCUUCCCGCCGGAUCUUCGGUUCACAGUGGGGGUCGUGUGCACGGUCGGGACGGGUGCAGGUUGGGACGCGAGCUCUUGAAGGCACGACGCGACGAGAGGACACAAGAGGGUUUCGGCGAGGUUGUGGAACGCGCUGAGGGCUUUGCGGGUGAUGGGCCAAGCUUCCAAGCGCGCGAGGGUACAAGAGUCGCGGAAGAGUCGAAGCAUGACGCGACGAGGUAGCGCGUACGGGUUGUCCUCGUUGUGCUUGUGGUCGGGAGUAGUGUCUGGGGCUUCGCAGUCGGAGAAUUCACCGUCGCCCAGUGAUACCGUAUCGUCAUCGUUGUCGUCAUGGGUGUCGCUGUCGGAGCUGUCGCUGUCUGAAGAUUCAACUGGCGCGGAAUAGAUGACGUCGUCGUCGGCAAUGUGUGGUGGUUCGGACUCGACCACGUCGUCCGUCUCGCGAUGCAGCAAGGCCAGUCGAGAGUCGUCGGGGGCGUCGUAACCAUACAGCUUGACACCCACUGCGUGUGCCGCAUGCACAACAUCGUAUGACCGUACAACGUACUGUUGCCGCCCGUCGGCGACAUCCGUGAUGUGGGCCGUGGCCGUGGCGACAUGGGUGAGAAAGGCCUCGGUCAGGACGGUCACUUGUUCUUUCGUCACAUGUGGAAGCAAUGCCAAGUCUGCCUUCUUCAUUGCGUCAUGGAUCAUGCGCUCCACGCACCCUUCCAAGUGUUCUUGCUUGAGCCACGACACGUAUCCCAUCUUCGCUCGUCCUUCGCGCCAA